UUAAAAAACAAACAAACAAACAAACAAAACACUUGAAUCUUAGAAGACAACUGAGUGGCUGGGUGUGAGGCCUGCGCUGGAGCGGUGGGGUGAGAAGGCGCCGCGCCAGAGAAAGGGCAAAGGUUGCCUUGCGCCUGCGCCUUGCGUUCCUGACUGGCUGCGCUCCCUGCCCCCAACACCACCGUCGUCUGGGAAACGGUCCCAGAGUGCUGAGCCGACCUACUGGUGUCAUGGCAGACCCAAAGACAGCAGCUGUGGGGCCGUUGGUGGGAGCGGUGGUCCAGGGCACCAACUCCACUCGCUUUCUGGUUUUCAGUUCAAAAACAGCAGAACUACUUAGUCAUCAUAAAGUGGAAUUAACACAAGAGUUCCCAAAAGAAGGAUGGGUGGAACAAGACCCUAAGGAAAUUCUUCAGUCUGUCUAUGAGUGUAUAGCGAGAACGUGUGAGAAACUUGACGAAAUGAAUAUUGAUAUAUCCAACAUAAAAGCUGUUGGUAUCAGCAAUCAGAGGGAAACUACUGUAAUCUGGGACAAGUUAACUGGAGAGCCUCUCUACAACGCUGUGGUGUGGCUUGAUCUAAGAACCCAGACUACUGUUGAGGAUCUUAGUAAAAAAAUUCCAGGAAAUAGUAAUUUCGUCAAGUCUAAGACAGGCCUUCCACUUAGCACUUACUUCAGUGCAGUAAAACUUCGUUGGAUGCUUGACAAUGUGAGACAUGUCCAAAAGGCAGUUGAAGAAGGUAGAGCUCUUUUUGGUACCAUUGAUUCAUGGCUUAUCUGGAGUUUGACAGGAGGAGUUAAUGGAGGUGUGCAUUGUACAGAUGUAACAAAUGCAAGCAGGACAAUGCUUUUUAAUAUCCAUUCUUUGGAAUGGGAUAAAGAGCUCUGUGACUUUUUUGAAAUUCCAAUGGACCUUCUUCCAAAUGUCUUCAGUUCUUCUGAGAUCUAUGGCCUAAUUAAAACUGGGGCCCUGGAAGGUGUGCCAAUAUCUGGGUGUUUGGGGGACCAGUGUGCUGCAUUAGUAGGACAAAUGUGCUUCCAGGAAGGACAAGCCAAAAACACCUAUGGAACAGGUUGCUUCUUACUAUGUAAUACAGGUCGUAAAUGUGUGUUUUCUGAACAUGGCCUUCUGACCACAGUAGCUUACAAAUUAGGCAAAGAGAAGCCAGCAUAUUAUGCACUGGAAGGUUCUGUUGCUAUAGCGGGUGCUGUUAUUCGUUGGCUAAGAGACAAUCUUGGAAUUAUAGAGACCUCAGGAGACAUUGAAAAACUUGCUAAAGAAGUAGGAACUUCUUAUGGCUGUUACUUUGUCCCAGCCUUUUCAGGGUUAUAUGCACCUUAUUGGGAACCCAGUGCAAGAGGAAUACUCUGUGGUCUUACUCAGUUUACCAAUAAAUGUCAUAUUGCUUUUGCUGCAUUAGAAGCUGUUUGUUUCCAAACCCGAGAGAUUUUGGAAGCCAUGAACCGUGACUGUGGAACUCCACUUCGUCAUUUGCAGGUAGAUGGAGGAAUGACCAACAACAAAGUUCUUAUGCAACUACAAGCAGAUAUUCUGCAUAUUCCAGUAAUAAAACCCUUUAUGCCUGAAACAACUGCACUAGGAGCUGCCAUGGCAGCAGGAGCUGCAGAGGGAGUAAGCAUUUGGAGCCUUGAACCCCAGGCUUUGUCGGUUCUCAGGAUGGAACGAUUUGAACCACAGAUCCAGGCCACAGAAAGUGAAAUUCGUUAUGCCACAUGGAAGAAAGCUGUAAUGAAGUCAAUGGGUUGGGUUACCAGUCAGUCUCCUGAAAGUGGUGAUCCUUCUAUCUUCUCUAGUAUGCCUUUGGGAUUUUUUAUAGUGAGUAGCAUGGUAAUGCUAAUUGGAGCAAGAUAUAUCUCGGGUAUGCCGUAAUAAUACCAGCCAUGGAGUCCCAAGGUGUAAACAUUUUACGUAAUGAAAGCAUACAGCAGUUCUGCCUCUUAAUAUAAUGACACUAUUAUAGACUCUGAUUUUGUUUAUAAGCCACUUGCUACAUGACCCAUGAAAACCCUGGACUUGUGACCUGAAAUAAAGAAAAUAUGUUAGAAGAGCACUGUA